GUGAACAUUUAAGCGGAGCGGACCAAAAUCCCAAACAAGGAAAUGGUGGGGGAAUAAACCGCGCAGAUGAUUUAAUUAAUGCAUGUAAUAAUUAAUAUUUGAUUUUUUUCAUCUUAAAUGAAGACGCAUUCAUGGGUUAGAAUGGAUUACGACUUCAAAACAAAGCUGGCCGCCGAGAGGGAGAGAGUGGAAGAUCUGUUCGAAUAUGAAGGUUGCAAAGUGGGUCGAGGCACCUACGGACACGUUUAUAAAGCCAAGCGCAAAGACGGGAAAGACCAGAAGGACUAUGCACUGAAACAGAUAGAAGGCACUGGAAUAUCAAUGUCUGCUUGCAGGGAAAUCGCACUGCUGCGAGAACUGAAACAUCCAAAUGUGAUCGCCCUGCAGAAAGUCUUCCUGUCCCACAGUGACAGAAAAGUUUGGCUCCUGUUUGAUUAUGCUGAACACGACCUUUGGCAUAUCAUCAAGUUCCAUCGAGCCUCCAAGGCCAACAAGAAGCCUAUGCAGCUGCCCCGAGGGAUGGUCAAGUCUCUUUUGUAUCAGAUCCUGGAUGGGAUCCAUUACCUCCAUGCCAACUGGGUGCUCCACAGGGAUCUGAAGCCAGCUAACAUUCUGGUCAUGGGAGAAGGACCUGAACGAGGAAGAGUUAAAAUUGCUGACAUGGGCUUCGCAAGACUCUUCAACUCUCCCCUCAAGCCACUGGCGGAUCUGGAUCCUGUGGUGGUCACCUUCUGGUACAGGGCCCCCGAGCUACUGCUGGGGGCCCGGCAUUACACCAAAGCUAUUGAUAUCUGGGCCAUCGGCUGCAUCUUCGCUGAGCUGCUGACGUCAGAGCCAAUCUUCCACUGUCGCCAGGAAGACAUCAAGACCAGCAACCCCUUCCAUCACGACCAGCUGGACAGGAUCUUCAGCGUCAUGGGCUUCCCUGCAGAUAAAGACUGGGAAGACAUCCGGAAGAUGCCAGAAUAUCCAACUCUGCAGAAAGACUUCAGGAGAACAACCUAUGCAAACAGCAGCUUGAUCAAAUACAUGGACAAACAUAAAGUCAAAGCAGACAGCAAAGUCUUUAUGUUGCUGCAGAGACUACUCACCAUGGACCCCAAUAAAAGACUCACGUCAGAACAAUCUCUGCAGGACCCUUACUUCCUGGAGGAGCCCUUACCUACCACUGAUGUGUUUGCCGGGUGCCAGAUCCCAUACCCAAAGAGAGAGUUUCUCAAUGAAGACGAACCGGAGGAGAAAACAGAAAAGAACCAGACGCAACAGCACCAGCAGACGACAGGCCAGAACCAGAACCAGAACCAGAACCAGCAACAAGCGGCAGCCCAGCAGGCCACAUCUCAGCAGAACUCCACCCAGACCAAUGGCACUGCAGGAGCUGGAGGGUUACAGCAUGGACAAGACCAGGGGCCCCAGAAUAAAAAAGCUCGCAUCGGGCCCUCUGGGGCCUCCUCAGGCCCUGGGCUGCACCAGUCAGAGUACCAGCACUCCACUACCCGGCUGGGCUACCAAAGCAGUAUCCAAGGUUCCACUCAGCCUCAGAGCACCAUGGGAUACACGUCCUCCUCCCAGCAGAGCUCGCAGUAUUCUCACCAGACCCACCAUCGCUACUGACACUCCUGAACCAGCAGAGGGCGGCAGGCAGGCGCAGGUCCUGGAAGGUCCAGCGAUGUCUGCUCCGUCCUGGCCUGACCUUCUCGGUCGCCAAUGUUGCAGCGCCGUGUGCUCACGGACGCCAAGAGACAGCAGAACGUUGAAAGCAAACGCAGGUUUUCAUGUCACACGACCUUGAAGACGACACAACUUAUGAACACAACUCAUACAGUGGUGGUCAAAA